AUGGACUCAGUUAUAUCAAGGACAAGACUACUGCACCGAUUAUAUUGGGGAACGCAUGACCACUUGGUUUACACAUGCAAGGUGUGCUCAACCAGGUCAACGAAGAGGAUAUCCAAGGUAGCCUAUCAUAAAGGUGUUGUCCUAGUGACCUGCCCAGGAUGUGAAAAACACCACAUUAUUGCUGACAACUUGGGUUGGUUCUCUGAUCUGAAGGGAAAGAGGAACAUUGAGGAAAUCCUUGCAGCGAAAGGGGAGAAAGUGAAGAGGGGAGAAGAAGAGGCGGCCUUCGAGAUUGUUAUAGAGGAGUCCGGCAAGGAUACAACACAGACUGCUCAAGAUGCAAAGAAACCUUCACCAGGGUCUGAUGACUCAGGGAAACAAUGACUAACUCUCUGUGGGUGUGUGUGCGCACAACAAGGACAUCGUUCUCUAUGAGGGGAAAAAUUGUAAUUACAAAGUAAAUGUAACACUUCUUUUGAUAUUUCUUUCUCCAUAUUGUUUUCAUAAGAUGUUGAUCAUUUCUUAUCACACUAUUUUAUAC